AUGGCUAAAGGAGAAGACUUAAAGCUGUUUUUGAAACAGCUCUUGGUCAUCAGUGGGGUAUGGACCACAUAUUUUAUGUAUGGUCUUUGCAUAGGGUCACCAACGGUACUCAUUCCCCAAAAAAGGCGCGAGGUACAUUCAAACGACACUAUGAGUGAGGAUAUGGCAUCAUGGCUAUCUAGUGUCCACGGUUAUAGUGGAGCUCCAGGAGCGAUUGUCUUCAGUAUAGGAAAA